CAAACUGUAUUACGGAUGAGACCUUCAGACCACGAUUGAGAAACUGAUGAAUUAUCCUGGAAUUUCUGAACUUCAGAAGUUUGCAAAAUUUCUUUGAUCUGCGUCCCUUGCUUCUCCAAGUUCCUUUUUGCGCUUCUUUGAAAAAAAAAGCCGAACACCAGGAAGAGAGGGUAUUGAUGGUAGUGUUGGAGGGCGGAGCAGUCGCUACGACCACGGAUAGGAAGGAAGAUUUUGAGGUUAUCGGCGAAAAAUAGAAGACCAUCAGGACGAGGAAGGAUGGAACAGAUUACGUUGACACAGAGAAGGAAGAGGAGGGGACCAAGAACACUUCCUUGUGGGAACACUCCAGACAAGCAGGGAAAGCAGGAAGAAGUGGAGGAAGACUAAUCUUAACAACACAAUUGGGCAAGGAUAGAUAAGGGCUCUGCCAGGACACUAAAUCCUGGGACAAGCACUCCCUAAGCUUUGCCAGCAAAAGCGCAUGGCAAACACGGCCGAACGCUGCCCGGAAGUCAGUGUCAGUGUCAGUGUUGCGUCGACUUGGUUCUAACUGACUUAUAAUUGUGGAAACAAAGCGCAGUAAGUUCGAAGAGGCAGACCUUCCGGGCAUAGGGCCUUAGGGCUAAUCCACCAUGCCUCGCAGUUAAAGAAAAUUGACGGAUAAAUCACUGAUUCGAACGGCUUCAGCCCUUCCACACUGGUACAAGGCUAUUCCUGACGAAGCUCAUUGCAGUACAUUAAUUGCAUGCCCACCUCUUGUACACUUACACCUUCUAAAAACAGAUAACGCAGAUCACUUAAUCCUUCAGCUUGUAUAUCAAAAGCAGUCUCAUGAUAUGCCGGGAAUGCGCCCGGCACCACAAACACGUUUCCCACUGCCAUUUCGCUGACGUUUCCCGUUUCCAUGGCAACGGUGCAAACAAACAUGGUCGCCACAUCGUCAGCGGGCUGGAGUUAUCGUUUCCCAAACAAACUCUUAUUCAUUUCAUCUCUCAGUGCGAAAUGUCUGAAGAAUUUGGUAAAUCUGGUCUGUACAUCGAUGAUCUGUACACGUUGCGUGUGAUCGAUCCGGAAGUUGCGAGCGAAACCAACGAGCUAAAGGAUGAGUGUGAACGGUUCACCGAAAAACUCACCGACUUCCGGCGCAUCAUUGACCAGUUUGCGAACAUUGUCGAGGUGUUUGCGGCCGAAGUGGACCAGGAAAAGAUGCGUGCGGUCGGUGUGCAGAACAUGCUGAAAACCUUCUCCAAGCAGCGGGAAUCGGAACAGCAGCAGAUACAGAGUGAAAUAAUCGAGAAAAUGGUGGAGCUGGACAAACUGAAGAUCGAGUACCAAUAUCUACAGCGCAUCGAAUCGGAACAACAGGAAAUGAUCGAUAAUUUCUACCAGCAUCAGUGAGCUGAACCCAAUACAGCGGAAGCAAGCAAAGAGAA